GACAGCAGUUUGCUUUCCACUCAGCAGAGCACCAGCGGAUAGAUUCAUUUUGCAUACCACUUUUUACUCAGGAGUCGUAGAUUGUGCUUCAUAGUUUUUCGAUUCUAAAAAAUUGAAAUUAAUCGUAAAAGCUGUGCGUGUUGUGUGUGGUUUACCUGUUCUAAACGAUAAAUAAGCAAAACCUACUAGACAUGGAUCAAAUCGCCAAGAUCUACGAGCCAGGCCGUUCGUUCGCCAAGGACUCCAUCAGGCUGAUCAAACGCUGCACCAAGCCCGAUCGUCGCGAGUUCCAGAAGAUUGCCAUAGCUACCGCGAUUGGUUUCUGCAUCAUGGGAUUCAUCGGUUUCUUCGUCAAACUGAUACACAUCCCGAUCAACAACAUUAUCGUCGGUUCGUAAGUUCGUCGGUGCUGGUCUACGUUUUUUCAUCAUAACAAUCAGAUUGCGGACAGGGAAACGGCAUCAGUAAGAGGAAAAGAAUGAUAGAUACGCAGACGGCCGCCGAUUAGAUGGGAGAUUCAUCAUAUUAUAUGUUAUUUCAACUGUCCUUACAACGUACAUUAAGUAAUACAACUCCUUAGCGUUUAAUAUACAUUGUAAUGUUUUGUGGAUGUGGACAGAAGCAAACGAAAAUGAAAACAUUUAAGUGAGCAAUUUGAAGAAUAAUAUUUAUUGUUUCAUUAUAACCACAAA